UCAUAUCAUUCCAGCGCUUCCAGCGUGAUCCGUGCUCCCGCCUCGAUUAUAACGCUUAUAACCAUUCAAGUGAAAUAAUUACGAGUUGUGGACCGAAGUUUUUGAUAUCAGCAUUAUGAUGAUCAUGAUUUUAACCAGCUUCGGGAAAAAGCGACCGGAGACGACUUACUAGAAACUGUUAUUCGUGAGCAUUUAUUUGUUAUGUAAAUAAUUUCAUUAAAGAGGCCAAUGAUUCGGAUAGGCUGGUUUGACCCAUCAAAGAAGCGGUAACCUAAAUUUUAUCCCAACCAGCUAUGUAACAAAUCCGUACCAAAUACAAAAAACGGAAUGGAGAACGAGAGUGAUUAUAGCUGUGAAUUGUAUACCACAGCAGGAACAGAUUACAAAGCUAUAAAGAAAUCUCUUCAUAUAGAUUAUGAUGCCCUGUGGAAGGAGGCAGAAGAAAUACAAACUGCAGAGAAAUUGAAACCUGAUGAUUUGAAAGUGAAGAGCAAAAAGGGAACUAAGGGCUGUAAAGGAAAAAGGAAAUGUGAAUUGGCUGACCCUGAAUUAUCAAAAAAUUUGACAUCAGAAGAAGUACCAGUAAUUGUCGAACAACUAAAUGAUUUCCAAACUGGGUGUUCAACACGACAAAGGACUAAAGCAACAAAGAGAAGAGUUGCAAGAAACGCAUCAGGAGCACUGCCUGAGCAGAAACAUGUUAUUGGUCCUGUUGUUGUUAUUGAUUCUCCAGAAAGACCUGCUGUUACAGAUGACCAUAUUUCACUCAGUAGUGAUUCAGAAACGGAAGUGAAUGUGUCUGCAUUUGAAGAAGAUGACAACUAUGAAUUGUCAGUCAAAGUCUGGUGGAAGUUUGAAAGAUUUGAUAAAUUUGUCAUCAGAAGGUUCCAGAAGAUAGCAUCACUGUUUGACCACUAUUCAAAACUGGAGAAUGUACCUCAUAGUCAGAUAUUGCUGACUCUCAAUGAUGCUCAAGUUCAUCCAAAUGACUCUCCAGAUUCAUUGAAGCUAACUGUUGCAAGUGUUUUAGAGGGUGGUGUGGUGACAUGUGGAGAUGUGAAGAAUGCCUCAAAUCAAGUGAAACCCUCAUUGAAUGUGGAUGAAAUGGAACUGAAAGUUCAGCGUAAGGGACACAAGGAACCAAUAUUAAUACAGAUCAAAAAGACCCAGAAAAUGCGAGUGUUGAUGUUGAAAUGUGCAGAACGCUUGGAUGUACCAGUAGAAAAGUUGAAGUUCUCAUUUGAUGGAGAGUCCUUAAAUCCAAAUGAAACCCCAGUGGAUCUUGAUUUGGAAGGAGGAGAAUGCAUUGAUUUAUAUAUUUCCGAAACCUAAUAGGAUUUAUUGAGGAUUCGUCAUUUUUUGUUUCAUGAUACAGAAGUUGUGAUUGACAGACACAUGUUAAAAGUUUUGUAUUGUAUUGUUGUCCAUAUUGCUGAACAAUUGAGACUUGAUUUUAAAUUAUAUAGCGAUGCUUCAGUCAGGCAUUACCAGAUCUGUGUGUCCCAGACAAAUCACUGUGCAUACUGACCUGUAUCUCAUUGCAUGACCACAUAGUGGUUGCCCCUCUUUUAAAUAUCUGUAACAUCUGGCAAAACCAGUUGCACCAAAUCCGCUACAGUUAGACUUGCAGCAUAAAUUGACAUUCCUUGAGUGAUGCAUUCUUCAGGCACAAAAAAAUGUGAGUGUUGCAGGGGGACAGACUGUAUGGUGUUCUGAUGCCUAUCACUGUGCUUUCGGUGUAGUAUGGCAUGGUUGGUGGUGCUGGCCAUUUGGAGGUGUGCAUGGGUAUUAAUCACAGAAUAAAGGUGUUCUAGAUUUUCAAUACAUCAUGUGGCAUUGAUUGAAACACCAGUUCUCGGUCCAUUAUUUUGGGUUCCUGGUGGCCGAAUUUUGAGCAUCAGCUUGUCAGCUGAUGUCUGAGCGAUGAAUAUUUUUUCUCAUUGGUUACAGCAGGUUUUUCCAUUGCAUGCUUUGAUUCUUUGAUACUGGUUUAUGGUGGUGGUGACAGAUUUCUUCACAUGCUGAAUUUGAAUGGUUCAUUAGUUGCGAUUAUCAAACCAAAAGUCAGAUGUGGAUUUCAUGCAGUCACCACUUUGUUUUCUUACAUUUUACACACCCAAAAAAGGAACUUCACAGAAGUUGAAUAUUUUAGAUCUGUUACCAUAAUUUUGGGAUCAUACAGUAAGUGUAACUCACACAUAAUGAGUUUAUGUGUCCAUUGUGUAGGUAUUGCUGAUGCAGGUAAUUAAAAAUAUUUUAGGAUAGCCUUCAGUGACUUAAUGUCUAUAUGAGAUUUCAUAAAAAUCUGUUCAUGGUUCUUGAGUUGAAACAGGUGCAUGGUCAGCCCUGUAUGUGUUUAUUUCAUGCACAUCAUGCAAAGAAUAUGUAAUAAAUAAAAAGCAUAGAAAUCAUUGGCUUGAAAUAAACAUGCAGUUUUAUAUGUAAUGUCAUAAGUAUGCACAUUAUGUUCAGUACAAAUGAAAUGUUGCUUAGGGCAGGGUCCCUUGAUAAAUUCUUUUGAACAUACUGAUUAAUCUUUUGGUUUCAUAAAAGGCAAGAAAUGUCUUCAAUAUAUAAGAAGCUGUUAACUUUUUAAGGACUCCGUGGUGUUAAGUCAGUAAGUGAAAUGUAACUCUUCGUAACAUUAUGUUUAUAGUUGAAAAUCAUUUGGAAAAGAGGAAAUUCUUUUAUUCACAAGUCGGUGCUUGUUUUCUAAGUUUUCUUAUGCUGAGAUUUUAAGAGUUUGCUUUGAAUUAAGUAAGAGUUUUCAGUUACUGGAGGAAUUUGACAUAUGUGAGCGAGUUUAUUUGGAGAGGCAGAUGUUUAGCUUCAGUCCUAUGGUCCGUGUGUUGGAAUGCUAAAAUAUAAAGUACUUCAUGUUAUUUAUGCAGUUCUUUUGAUAAAUGAUGAAAUUGUACCAAAGAGAAGGAGCAGAAUUUGUUUCACUGACUGUAAUCAAAGAUCUUGAUAGAAUGGCUGUAGUGAAAUAUAAAUAUUUUGCACAUU